GCGUCUGGCACAAGAGACGGAUCUGGAACUGUGCGCCGUCAGGAAAGGCCCGGCUGCCUUAGAAACAGAGAAGAAGGCGACCCAAAGGAGGAAAGCACUCAAGAAGGGGGCGGGAGGCAGAGGGAAAAAAGGUGGAGUGUUGUAUAAAGAGAGAGAGAGAGAGAGAGGGAAUAGAGAGCUAGAGGCAGAGUGAAAACACAUUGGAGCCUAGAGUGAGAGUAACUGAAUGAGGCAGAGCGAGUCCGGCCUCGACUCUGAGGCAUUCUUCACACUCCGGCGCUCACCUCACUCAUUCACAAAACAAACGCAGGAAGGCGGAGAGGAAGCCGAGAGAGAGAGAUAUCUGCUCCGUGUAACAGGAGGCAGUGCAGCAGCGGAGCGCCCCGAGGAGACGUCAGGAGGAGGUUAACCGCAAACGCCGACCCCGAGCGAGAGCAGCGAGGUGCACAUCCUCCACCGAUGCCACAGACUCCCUCAUCCUUGAGUGGAAAGCAGAGGGCUCCUGCCGAAGGGGGUCCCGACAGAUGUGGCGGUCCCUGCGCGGGGCCCUCAGGUGUCUGGGGGUGAAGGUGUGCCGGAGGAGCGCUCUGCUCGUCGUCCUGCUGUGGUUGGCCUCCUGGCUCUUCCUCAACGGCCUGGUGUUUGUGCACAGGAACAUGUUCUCUGACUUCUGCACUGAAGACAAGAGCAAAGAGAUCCUGCAGAGGGUGUGUGCCGAGUAUCAGCAGGGAGUUCUGACCGGUGACCUCUGUGAGGACCUCUGCGUGGCCGGUCGUGUGGAAUACAAACGCUGCCUCUAUUACGAGAAUGGCAAGAAGGUCAUGGCCGCCAGCUGGCGUGGGGUGCCUGUUGUUCUCAAGUCAAAGCUGGAGAACUUCUCCUCCUAUGAGGCUUUAGCUCUGCUGGAGUAUCAGGAUACAGCGGGAGGCGAGGAGGAGCUCUCGCCGCUGGAUGUCGUCUUCUACGCCACGCUGGAGAUCAAGAACUCUCUGGGCUUGGAGACGGGAACUAACUUGACGUUGCCCCGCUUGUGGGGCCAAAAGCUGAAAGAGAACGAGCGGACGUACUCGCGAGCGGAGUUGGCCUCGCUCUGGGCUCUCCUUCAGCAGGAGGAGUACACCUUCCUCAGGGUCCUGCAGGAUUUAACCCACCACGUGGCCAAGAUCCUGGGCUCCUGUGGUCACUUUUACGCCGUGGAGUACUUGGCGGCCGGACACGCGUGGGACCAGCACAUAUUCUCGCUGGAUGAGCUGACGCUGAGCCCCUCGCCGAGCCCCUGGAGCGGACAGGAGAAGACGAUAACCGCGAGAGACAUGGUGCCCCGAGUGGCCCUGAGCUUUCUAGAGAUGGUGGAGCAUUUUGAGAAUGACUUUUCCCACAGCUUACACCUCUGUGAUAUCAAACCAGAGAACUUUGCUAUCAGGAAGGACCUGACGGUGGUGGCUAUAGAUGUGGAUAUGGCUUUUUUUGAGCCCAAAAUGAGAGACAUACUUGAGCAGAACUGCACCAGUGACAAUGACUGCAACUUCUUCGACUGCAUUUCCAAGUGUGACAAAACUAAAAACAGAUGUGGGUCAAAGCGCAAGAACAGUAACCUUCAGGUGAUCUGUGAGAAGAUCUUCAGGCCUUGGUUUUCUCCCACGCUGCUCGGUGCUAAAGCGGGGCUACCCCUGCAGGUGGCGCUGCAGCGAGCCGUGCAGGAGUGCGCUGAGAUAGACGGCGGGGAGGACGCCAAGCGUUCGUGGGCUGUGAGAAAACAGCUACAGGAUCUACUCGUGGAGCUCAUUCAGGAGGACACGGGAAACCAGGGUGAAGGCCCGGAACACAAGACGAGACGCGUCCAUACGGCACGAGACCAGGAUGGUGCUAAUGGCCGCUUCCCUCAUCCAUACCCAUGCUUUUAA